GCAAAUGACGGUGCAGUCGUUUACAAAUCGGCGCCUUAUUUAUUGUAAAAAUAACUUUUGAAUUAAGUUUGACAAAUCGGUCGACGUAUAUAAUUACUAGUUAAUGUGUAUAAGAAGAACGAGAGAAGCAAACUGUCUGCAAAGUAUUGUUUUCACCGUUUCUUUUGGUGACUCCUCAAUGGGGACUGUCAGUCACGUGCUAUAAAACAUAGGUUGAAAGAAUUUAUGAAAUGUCCAGUGAACAUAUUGUAUAGCUGUAAUUAAUUAAUAAAAUAAAGACUGGCCAUUAUAUAAAGUUAUAAAGUGUAAAUAAAUAAUUAUAAAGUGUCCUGGGUGCCAUUUUCUGGGAUCGCCACAUCGACGUAACAAGUGGUGCUACCUGGAAAAUAUGGAAUGAUCGGAGAUUAGAAAGAAGUAGAAACAUGGAUGUGGAUACAGCAAGCGAUAAUACAUCUAUAGAUGACAAGAUAGACGAUUUUUGCGAAAACCCGACGAGAGAUGCCUUGACGGAAGGUCUUAUGAGCCUUCUGAAACCCGCGGUGGAUCGAUUAGACGAAGGAAUUCGUGCCACUAGGAUAUGUCAAAUAGAAACGAAACAACGGAUCGAAUCUUUGAUAGAAGAGUUGCAAAGAAGCAACGAGGUAUUGCAGUGCCCGUUGGAGACCGAUUCUUACGUGAAAAAAUUGAUCAAUGCCAAACACAAGAUCACCAUCGUCAGUAAUAUCUUACAAACCAUGCAGGAGCGAUUGAACACGAUCUAUCAAGCAGUAGAAAAGAACACGGCGAAGAGGAAGGCAUUAUUGGAUUACAGUUCUGUGUCCGGCAGCUCUACAAAUAUUCCAGAGAAAGGUGAACAAUCAGAGACAGAGAAAGACACUGUGCCGCCUAAAGAACAAGAAUAA